UGACUGAUAAGGUUAAAACUUAUAACAGACUACAUUGACUGAAGUUUCAAGUUUCGUAUUGACCAGAACACCACCCACAAGUUACACUCGCGCGUGGAAACUAAUCGUCUCUCUCCCAACCAUAUUACAUCCAACUCAGCAUGCAUACACAAUGAAGUUGAAGCUUCGAACAAUGGAACCAGAUGCACAAAAUCCGAUUCACCAACUCUAUUCACAACAAGCGUUUACAGCAGGAUAUCCGAACGGUGGAGAUACGAUGAUGAUACGACGACGUUUUGAAAUGAGAGAGUCGAUUCGACGAGAGCUUGAAAAGGAACGGAUUAGAGAGGAGAUAAUUGCAGAGGAAAUGGCGCGAAAGCGGCUUUUGGAAGCUGAGGUGCGGAGUGAGUUGAUGAUGGAGCGCCAAAUGGCUAUGAGGCGAGGUGGAGGAGGAUUCGAGGCGCCGUUGUUUAUGCGGCAGAGACACGGGGACGUCGUGUUUGAGCAGAGGCGGUUGAUUGGAGAUGAGAGGGGGGUUUUGGUGAAACCGAUUCAGGUGUUAGGGGAUUCUCCUAAGAUUAAAGCGGAGGAGAAUGACGACAAGGAGGUUAUUGUGUUGGGUAAAACCAAUGACGAGACUCUAUCUGGAACAAAGAGGAAAUCAACACCACCAGUUUCUGAAGGUUCAAGCCAGCCUGGUCCGCGUGGAUCAGGCAGGUCAAGGAAGAAAGUCAAAGAGGAAUGGAGUUGUGCAAUAUGUCAGGUAAGUACCACAAGUGAACGCGCUUUAAUCCAACAUGUUCAAGGAAAAAAACACCAGGUUAAAGAGGCAGCUUUGGUAGCUCAAAAAACCGGUUCCAACUUUGGUCUUGGGGUUGCACCCAAGAUACCCCUCAUCAAGCCUGUGCAGCUUGCUUUAACAACCAUCACUACGAGCUCCUCUGACACAAACAAACCAUCAAGCUCAUCUGACCCGAACGAGGUGAACAAGAAAGAUGUUCUGAAUGGUAAGAACAAAGAUAAAUUUAAGUUUUGGUGUGAAAUAUGUCAAGUAGGAGCCUUCUCUGAGGCAGUGAUGAAUGAUCAUAAAGAAGGAAAGAAGCAUUCGACUCGCCUCGCUGACUUUUAUAGAAAGGGUAAAGUUGACUCGGAAGCUUCUGCAACUGAAAACACUUGCGAAACCAAGGGCAAAACUGAAACGAAAUCAAACCUGGAAGUGGUCAUUGCAACGGUAAACACUACCACGAAAACAGGUUAAUUCUAGUAUCAUCUGCCUUGGUGGUUAUCCUGAGUUAAUAAUACAUUCUAGUGCGAUAAUGUGGCGUCAACAUUUUCAGCCAAAAGCCUUCAAAUUUUCAAGUUAUAUGAUGAAGGAUUAAAUAUGUGAACAUUUUAUUUAUGUUAUGACAAUUGGAAAGACAGUUAAUUUGUGAAUGUUAUGACAAUUGGAAAGA